AUGGCGCCCAAGUUCUCCCAGGCGCCAGGCCCGGGCGGCGCGAGCAGCCCCACGUCCAUUGUGCGCAAAGGCUACGUCAGUGUGAAGGAAGACGGCCUCCGCUCGUGGAUCUGGAGCAAACGGUGGCUCGUGCUCCGCGAGUCGACGUUGCUCUUUCACAAAAACGACGCCACCUACCAGGCGUCCACGAUCGUCCUGCUGCGCGAUGUGACCAACAUCAGCCGCACGGACCUGAAACCCUACUGUAUCGAAGUUGAAACCAAGGACAAAAAGUUUUAUAUGCAGCUGAAAAGCGACGAGGAGCUGUAUGGCUGGAUGGACGAUAUGUAUCACCGCUCGCCGCUCGGCGCCUCGUCGCCGACGAACUUUGUGCACCAGGUACAUGUCGGCUUCGACCCGGUCAGUGGCUCGUUCACGGGCCUGCCUGACCAGUGGAUGCGCCUACUGACCAAGUCGGCCAUUACGAAAGAGGACUAUGCAAAGAACCCACAGGCUGUGCUCGACGUGCUCGAGUUUUACACGGACAUCCAGAAGGGCACGCGCGACGACUUUGGCCUCGGCUCGCCGACGAUGAACCUGCAUGCAGGCAGCUCGGGUCGCGAGACCAUCAAGUCGUUUAAGGGAGCGGCCGGCGCGCCGUUUGCCGGCGCGCCCCUCUCGCCCCUGCCGAGCCUGGAGCCGCGCCGCGCCGCGCCGCCCCAGCCUCAGCCCCCGCGCGGCAAAGGCAAGCAGAGCCCGCUGCCGGCGCUGCCACCCGAGGACGUGACACUACCGCUCGCCAGCGCCGAGAACAGUGCAUCCAUGUCUGAGAGCGACACGAGCGCUCUCUCGAUCAAGACGCAGAAUCUGCGUUUGGCCGAGGAGCGCCAACUCAUGGAACGCGAGCGGCAGCAGGAGCGCGUGCGUCAGCAGCAGCAGCAACUCCAGCAGCAACUCCAGCAGCAGCGCGCGGGCCAAGCCGCCGAACGGCAGCGCCUCUCGCAGGCGAGAAGGGCGCCGCCUGCCGCCGCGUACGCCGCGACCGCCACGUCUCCUACGUAUGCCAACUCGGGAUCACCCAUGCAGAGUCCGAUGAAGUCGUCGUUCUCCUCGCCAGCGCCGUCCGUACCCCCGACACCCAAGGCCUCGGCGCCGGCCGCCUCGGGAUGGCCCACGCCACCCCCGGGCACGCCUACGGCGCCCGUCACAAGCGCCGACGCCUACCGAUCUGACGCCAUGGCAUCGCCGGUCCCAGCGGCAUCGCCGGCGUCAGCGCCGUCAACGGCCCGUGCGCCUUCGCCCUCGCCCUCGCCUUCACCGGCUGCACCAGCCCCUGCGGACAGUGCGCCGGUCCCUCAGCGGCGACAGGACAAUGCGAAGCGAACAAGCACCAUGACGGAGGCGCAGAUCAUGGAGAAGCUGCGCAGUGUCGUGAGCCAUGACGACCCGAAUCGACUGUACCGCAAGGUGAAAAAGAUCGGGCAGGGUGCGUCAGGGUCGGUGUAUGUGGCCAAGGCGUUGGCCACGUCGCAGCUGGUGGCGAUCAAGGCGAUGGACCUGGCGCACCAGCCACGCAAAGAAUUGAUCAUCAACGAAAUCAUGGUGAUGAAGGAGUCGCAGCACCCCAACAUUGUCAACUUCCUCCGCGCCUUCCUCGUGCGCGACAAUGACCUGUGGGUGGUGAUGGAGUUUAUGGAGGGCGGUGCGCUGACCGAUGUCAUUGACAACAACACGCUGGAAGAGGACCAGAUUGCGGCCAUCUCGCUGGAGACGUGCAAGGGGCUGGAGCACCUGCACAACCACUCGAUCAUUCACCGCGAUAUCAAGAGCGACAAUAUCCUGCUGAACAACUACGGGCAGGUAAAGAUCACCGAUUUUGGCUUUUGUGCGAAGCUGACGGACCAGCGCAGCAAGCGCGCGACGAUGGUCGGCACGCCGUACUGGAUGGCGCCCGAGGUCGUGAAGCAGAAGGAGUAUGGAGCCAAGGUCGAUAUCUGGUCGCUGGGCAUCAUGGCGAUUGAGAUGAUUGAAAAUGAGCCGCCCUACCUGGACGAGGAGCCGCUCAAGGCACUCUAUAUGAUUGCGACGAACGGGACGCCCACGCUCAAGAAGCCAGAGAAGCUCAGUCGCGAGCUCAAAGGCUUUUUGGCCGUGUGUCUGUGUGCGGACGUAAAGAGCCGGGCCACGGCCGACGAGCUGCUGCAGCACGAGUUCCUGCGCAAGGCAUGCCCGACGUCGGAGCUGCCCAAGCUCCUCACCUUCCGGCAUCGAGAGAAGUAG